AUGGAGGGAAUCCAACAGCCCCCCUCAAUUGGAAAACUUGGCUCCGCCACUGCUGAAUUUGAUGUCGUAGUAAGUGUAGGAGGCCUAUGGUAUUCAAAUGCACCAACGUUUGGACAACUUAGCUCAACUGUGCGUCAUUUCUUGGAGAACUUCUAUACGACUUUCAACGAUGCGUCGGUACGUGAAUUCAUAUGGAUAGCCGCUACUACAGCUCUUCCCCGAAAUUUUGGAUACCAUAUGGGUGAGAUCCGUAAAGCCUCGCCGUGGUGUGCAGAAUGGUUGCUUAAGUAUGACAAGGCACUAUGGACUCAAGCCUUUCUGUUUCCCUUGAAAAGGUGGCGUAUAUUCACAACAAAUAUGUGCGAGUCGACCAAUUCUCAACUUCGAGUUGCACGGUCUUAUCCCUUUGCCGCACUUGUACAGGAUACCCACGUCAAGGCAGCUGUUUACUUUGCUAAGCGUCAUGACAGGAGUUUCACGCGUACUAAGUCUAUCACCCGAUAUGCAUCGAAGAAAUUGGUCAAAGUUGUUAACAAGACCAAACAAUGCAUUCCCACUAGUUACGGCAACAACAAGUUUUCUGUCGACCACCUGGGAGAAUUGUAUAUUGUGGAUCUUACAUUGCGGACGUGCAGCUGUUUACAGUUCCAAAGUGUUGGUAUUCCAUGUAUACAUGCCUGCUCGUCUAUAAUGCGUAUGGGUCUGGAUCUGGCAGAUUACUGCCAUGACUGGUAUUCCAUGGACAAUUAUCGGCGCACCUACACUGUUACUCUUGCUUCAUGUGAAGGUUAUUCCAGAUGGCCGUAUGAUCCAACUUCUGAAUACAUCAUUCCACCCGUUUGGAAGCGCAGUGGUGGUCGGAGGAAGAAGAGGAAGAGGAUCGAGUCUCAAAGUGUUUUGAGAGUUACAGUUAGGUGCAGGGGCAUGCCCAUCAGGCAUCCUCUGUUUAAAUCUGAGUUAAACGUAGGAUCAAUAUGCGAAAUCGUUAAAAAGGUAGGAACUGGAACUGGUCAGAUUAUAUACAAUUUAUUUGAAAUUCAAACUAAUUUGUUCUCUCAUGCUGGAUUCUUACUGGAUAAUGGCAGAGUGCCGUCGUUAGGUCCAAAUAUGUGCCCGUAUAGGUCAACGAGAAAGUAA